UGCUCGGAGUGACUUUGAACCGCCUCCCGCUCUCAGCUAAUAUUCUAUUAUCUUCAUUCGAGGCCUGAAAACAACCGAACUAAUCAUACAAGUCGUUAUUCAUAGAUAACCUCCGCGAGAUAGCGUCUAUUGUUACAAACGCGUGUUUGUGUUUGUGGUGUGUUGUGUGUCCGGAAUGUGGUGGAAGGUGUUUGUGCUAUUCGUGGUGUCUUGUGGUGCCCAGGAGUGGAAUGGAUCGGAGGAGAAGGGUGCCGUUGAUCCCAACGUGUGCAACAUGCACCCUACCCGCAACGUCAUUGGGAGCAUUGAAUCGCUGAUGGGACUGUGGCACACUGUGGAGAUCAUACAACACAGAGACGAGCAGAGGUUCAGAGGGGUCCAGGUGACAGACACUUGUCCCAUGGUCCAUCUAUCACAGACCAGCUCUACUGAUCUCAAGAUGCUGUGGCACGAGCCUGCAGGCUACGUCGAGUACAGGUUCAGGAUCACUGAUGAGUCAAACCCUGGCUUCUGGCUGUCGUGGGGUCCACAGAAUGGCUCCAUGCUGAGCAAGCCCUACCAGCAGUUUGCAGGGACUGUUCAAGUGAUGAAGGCAGUCCAAACCCACAUGGUGCUUACCUUCUGCUCUCCCAACCAGAGCCACUACACCAUCAUCCUGGCCAGGAACAACCGUCUGGGCAUGGCGGACAUCAGAGGAGUCAGGAACCUCCUGGGACGCCGGGGGCUGCCUCAGGUUGGCAUCCGAGAGACCUGCAAGGACUCCGCCCCUCUGGCUGGCCCUACAGUUGUACUUGUGUUGUUGUCGGGAGUGGUCAUGUUGAUCAGUCGGAGUAUCUACUGACGUGUGAAAUCUUAGUUGCAAGUGAAGUUUUAGGUUCAAUUUGGUAAACUCGUGAAUUGACCAAGUUGGUAGGUACUGAGAAUAGUCAUAACGUGUGGUUGAAACUGCUAAAACAGUAAGGAAAGCGAAUGUUAUGAAAGGAGUUUUAACUGUACUAAAUCAUCAUGACAUAUAUAUGUGAAAGUGUCAAAAUUAAACAUAAGCCAACAAAUAGUAAUUUAUAACUAAUUUUAUUGAUAACAUUUGAGUAAGCUCCCUUUUUGAUGAUGAACCCUUUUUAUAAAAACAAAACUAAUUUUUAAAAUAUUCAAAAAAGACUGUUAUUUUUCACAAUUACUUACUUAUUAAUUACUCACAAAGUUUUGGACACAAUCAUUUGGCUGUCUAUGGACUAAAUAAUCAUUUUACUCGUAUUAUUUAGACGUUUGCAUUUGAAGACUAAAAAAUUAUAUUUAUUGAUGUAGUUAUACUGUGUAUAUAGAAGAAUUAAACUUAUAGACUAGGAGUUAAAUAUGAAAUUAUCUCUUAUAUUUUGUUAGAUCUUUAAUUGAACUAGUUUCGAGUAUAGAGUAUAGAGCGAUAAGAUGUUCAAAAUAUUUCAAUUAAUGAUUUUAAGAAUGUAAAAAAUAAAUAUAGUGUAUAGAUUACCCCCCAUGACAAUAUAAGGGAGUUUCAGUCUUAUAUGUUUACAUUAUAACAAGUUUUAUUUAGUAUGCUACUAUUUUCUACAAUUCUAUAUUUUAUUAUGUUAUUUGUUUUGUUAAUUGAACUAUGAAUGAUAAUUUUUACCUUAUAGGGAACUUUCGACUAUAAUAACCAAAAUAAUGGACUAAAUAAUGCUAAGAUAUUGCAAAAAUACAUUAUAAUCUUGUUAUGUUGCUAACCAAUGUUAAAAAUGUGCCAAAAUAGCUACCAAAGGAAUGGUGGUGUAAAAAAAACAUCCACCAUCGUUGUUGAUUAUUUCUAAUUCUGUUUAUAGAUCAAGUAAAACUUAUAUUGUUUAGACGAAUACCUUACGAAAUGUUACUGAGUGUUGUAAAAGUUACCUGUAUAAUGUUAAUUGUUAUUGCCCGAUUUGUUAUAUCUCUGCUACAGAAGUCUUUCAGGGAGCCUUAGCAGCUAAAAGCUAAUAGUUACUAAAGCUUGACCCACCUUCAGUUAUGUAUUUAUAUUGCUUUUAUAACUGGAAACUACUAAAGCACAAAUGUAUUUAUUUAUGUAAACUGUUUUCUCCUUCGAACUAAAUCAAUCAAUUUGUUCAAUCAAAUACUUAUUUUGGUAAGAUGUAACGCUUUGCAUUAAUGAUUUGGACGCUUGAACACCCAUUCCGUUUGCCUGCACUUUUCAAAUAUUUAAAAUAUGAAGGAUUUUCUUAAAAUAUUAUAUCUAGAGUGAUGCUACCUUAAAAGUGUGGUUGAUGGACCAAAACCAUUGUAUGUAAAUAAGUAAAAGUUUUAUUAGCAUUUACGUAUAUGUAAAACUUAAAAGGUUGUACGAACAGCUUUUUAUAAAUAAACUUAUACUUUUUAGAUA